AUGUCACAACCACCUUGGACUCUUCCGGUGACAACAAGCUCUGAGUCGAGCAGCAUACCACAAUCCCCCGCAACUCCUCCGCGACCAGCAAGCAACGAAUCGGACGUGUCAAAACCGCCCGCAACUGCUAUCCCUGGAUACAGUUUCCCGUCAGUCAAAGCGCACCGGAAAUUCGUGCAAACGCAUACAGAACUCAUAGUCGAGACGAUGAAGAGCGGCAACAUGAAAAUGCUCGUCCACAGAGGGCCACUCGUUCAAAUGGCAUCAGCUUUCAUUCAUGGAAUUCAGGAGGACAACGCUAGUCACUACCUUCAGGCCCCGGACAUUGACGACCCCGAAACCUUGACCGAAGCUUAUUUCACGCUCUGGGCACAUACAUUAUGGGGCAGGAACGAGAUCAUGCCGUGGAGAGCUUUCCAUAGAAAUAUUUACGAUACCUUCGAAGCUCCACGCUUUCUCCGCGAGCUGCUCACCAGAGGCACUCGAUUGUAUUGGGAGUGGACUACCGGGCGAGGUCUGAGGCUCACGACUGAUCAGAGGAUAACAAUGGCACUGCUUCGAUCAGAAGACCUGAUAUUGUGUGCUGUAUCAGCACAGAACAUGGUAGAUGACCUUUUCUUCUCCGUCCACAAUUAUGAACUCUCCUUACAUGAUCUGAAGUCUAUAAAGGAAUUCCUCAGUCUCCGCGAGAAUGAUUUCGAUCAGGAAUUCCCUACCAUCAGGCAAUGUUCACGUCAAGCCUGGUUCACUCUGCCACCUGGCCAAGAAAACAAGAUUUUCAGGCCAUGGUACGACUUUGGGCAGAUUGGAUACCACGAUAUCCCCGACUGGCCUGCAAGCUCGAACAUGCCUUCACGGCUUGUGACAGAUCUACCUGCUGAGGUCAUGUUGAUGAUUCUCGAGAAGGUCUUCAAGAUCAAUGGAGACAUCCAUGUCGUUUUUGAUCGAUUCGAGAAUGAGCAUAUUGCACUAGUGGAGAGGGAGCGAAGAUUGCAGGAGCACCCAUUUGGAGUUCACGGACAGAGACUCCCUUAUGGGAACUACUGGAAGUUGCCGAGUAUGAGGCACUUCUUUGCAUUUGGUAUCACCAGUAGAGGUAACUGGCUCAUGAUGAAGGAAAUGUUCUAUAAGAAGAACAGAUUCAUCAUACAUGAGGACUAG